AUGCCUUGUACCUGCUGUUCCCGAGAUCAAGCUCCAUCCGAACAAAAAUAUGAGCCUUUCAUCUCGAGUCAAGAAUUAGGGGAAAAAUGUCCGCUCGACAGCAAGACUACCAAGUCUUUUAAGCUCCCUAUGGUUCGCCCCAAGAGUGCAAUCAACAUUAGCCUCCUUAUUAAGAUGCCUAUGGAGAUCUUCCAGCGCACUCUCAAGUAUCUUGACAUUGAAACUCUGGUUAAUGUUCGCCGUUGUUCUCAAUAUUGCAGACUGGCAGUUGAAACUAACCUGGAAUGGCAAGAAAUUUCUGAAAAUGCUCCAGAGGCAUUGCGCGCCAUUUUAAGUACUGGAGUGGGAUCCAAUGUACUUCUGCUCCAGUUGCAUUAUGCCUUAACAACCCCUGAAUGCGAAUUCUGCGUAGAAGACUUUGAGCCCCGUACGCAUUUGGAUGAUGAAAAAGUCAUGGGUGCUUUUUUAUCACUCUUUGAAGGCAAGCGAGCUUGCGCUUAUUGUCUCCGGAAUGAUAUCUCUCUUAGAACCAUUCCAUAUAUCGACUUCAUCCGACUCCAGCGUCCCAACUCUGCAAUCAAAAUUUGGCCCGAGGUGCAAAAUCCACCAAAGUUGCGAACGCUUCCAGGUACCUACGGCUACAAUAGGUACAAGAGCUCUCAACGUCUGCUUCUUGUUCCCCUGGGUGACGUCGAAUACGUCGAUGGAAUGUCCAUGAGCAACAACGAAAGACAAUUAUUGCUGCGCUCACGACACGAAGUCAUCAUCCCUAAGCAUCCAUUCGCUGAUCGCCCAGUAUUGAGCAGACAACUCGCCCCACACGAUACCUACGUGGGAUUCGAACGAGAGGAUGAGAUAGCCCGUCGUUACAUGACUGCUAUUCCAUUUCCUUACUUUGGAAAGACUCAUACCCACCCCAACACUAAAAAGCGUGUGAAUUUUCAUGGUUGCAUCGAAUGUCAUCUCCAAGAGAGAUACCACGAGAGACAAUUCUUGGUAUCUUUCAAUCAGGGUGAUGCCGACGCAGUAGUCAUGACAUGCGCGGAAAACUUAUACAAACGACAGACGAGACAAUGGCUCAAUGAUGCAUAUGCGGAGAAGAUACAUGCGAGAGAUUUUCACGAGCGCAUCGAAGGAGAAGAAGUAGAAUGGAGAAAGCGAAGACAGGUGCCAAUCUUAAUCUUCUCAGAACCGGAUAAUUCAGAAGAAUUCCGAAUGUAUGACUAUGACUAUCCGCUUUUUCUAUGA